CUGCGCGAGGCGAGAUGUCUGUUAACACCGCCGCUGUUAUUGCGCUGUUGUUGGAAGAGGAAGACGAUGACAUUUUAUUGUUGCAUUCCAGGAAAAGACGAAAGCUGGUAAUGCCUUUAUAUACACGUAGAACUGCAGAAGGUAGUUACACAGCACUAAUAAAAAGACAUUUAUUAGGUGAUGAAAAUAUCUUCAGGAGCUACUGUCGUUUAAAUAAUAGACAGUUUACUUUCGUGCUCAGUGUUAUUAAAGAUGACAUAAUGCCACAGUGCCUAAGAAAAGCAAUAAGUGCAGAAGAAAAAUUAUAUUUGACGCUGAGAUUCUUGGCCACAGGCGAAAGUUACCGGUCUUUAUCAUUUGCGUAUCGUAUAUCGCCAUCUUACAUAUCAAGAGUUGUUAAAAAUGUUUUGAAGAUAUUAAGAAUAAGGCUGCUGCCCAUGUUGAUGCCACCUUCUACUGAAUCAGAUUUCAGACGUAUUGAAGAAGAAUUUUGGCUUAAAUGCAAUAUACCUAAUUGUGUAGGCGCUAUAGAUGGAAAACAUGUUCACAUAAGGGCACCAGAGAAAAGUGGAUCUCUGUUUUCUAAUUACAAAGAUUUUUUUCAAUUGUUCUGCUGGCUAUUGUGGACGCAAAUUGGAAAUUCAUUAGCGUUGAUGUCGGCGCUUACGGAAAAAGUCUGAUAACGGUGUAUUUCAGAAAUCGGCUAUAGGCAAGAAAAUAGCCGCAAAGGAGUUUAAUAUACCUCCACCAAAAUGUUUGCCAGGCACAGAUGUGAUAUUACCACAUUUCCUGAUAGGAGACGAAGCGUUUGCUCUCAGUGACUGUAUGAUGAAACCUUAUUCCAGAAGAGUUGCUGCAUCACAUCGAGACAAACAUAUCUAUAAUUAUAGAUUAUGCCGUUCUCGUCGAGUGUCAGAAAACGCCUUUGGGCUAUUAAGCCGAGUAUUUAUGGUAUUUUAUAGUCCUAUUGCUGUGGCGCCUGAAGUGGCAGACGACCUCGUUUUGUCGGCAUGUUGUUUACACAAUUUGCUACGAGACGGUUAUCUUGAAGAAAAUGGUAUUCCAUUUUAUCGCUAUAGUUUUAACGAAGCAACCAGCCAAAACAACAUGCAUAGCUUUCCUCGUUUUGGAGGAUUUCUAAACAGCAGUGGUUUUGAAAUUAGAGACAAACUUAAAGAUUUUUUCUCCAGUAAAUACGGUUCUGUGGCGUGUCAAGAGGCAGCAGUUAACAAUGAGUUGUGAAUAACAAUGGAUUGUAAAUAAUGAUUUAUGUAAGACGAAACAUAUAUACUGUUGCCUUUUUAACAUCUUCAUAUAAUAAUUGUUAGUGCACAUACGGAUCUAUUUGUUAUUAAAUAAUUGGUUGAAUGUACGUACUUGUUUUAUUUAAC